UUGCGUUGCAUUCCUUUUUUUCUCUUGUCUUUGCAGAUGGCCCGACUGUUCUACCACAAACCCCAAUUUGCUAUUCUGGACGAGUGCACCAGUGCUGUGAGUGUUGAUGUGGAAGACUACAUCUACAGUCAUUGCAGAAUGGUGGGCAUUACUUUGUUCACAGUGUCUCACAGGAAGUCUCUUUGGAAGCAUCACGAGUAUUACCUGCACAUGAAUGGCCGAGGAAACUACGACUUCAAACCCAUCACAGAAGAAACUGUGGAGUAUGGUUCUUGACCGGUGACUCCUCACUGAAAUGCGCUUGUCUUCUAAUCCAGUCCAAAAUUUGCACAGAAAACGGUGCCUAUCACUGAUAUGCGGUAACGGUGUAAUAACUUUUUGGUUAGUUUUUUUUUUAAAUUAAUUUGGACCUGUUCAUUUGUUCAUAUGAUUUUAGGAAAAAUAUCUGAAUUGCAAACUUGAAUGUUUUACGCGUGUAAAAAUGAUUAGAGAUGAUGACAUCACUACAUAAUAGGGUCAUGAAGCCUACUAACCACAAUUGGCGUAAAUUGUCCUGUUCCAUUGUGAACAGUGUCCAGGACAGUGUAUAAGACCCUAUUUAUACUGUUUUUAUUUCAGAGGAAGAUCAUUUCCUCGUAAACUAUUUCAGCAUUUUCUGCCGAUAUUGUCUGGCACACCCAAAAAUGACCCUUCAUGUGUUUUUUUUUUUCAAAAUCUAAAUUGUUUGAAGGUUAACAGCUGUUUGAUCCUUUAAUGGCAUUUUGGUUGACGAGCUGUGUCCACGCUGGCCAAACAAAUCCUGAGUCAGCUGAGAUGUCAAAGCAAAGAGUCACGUAAUUAAAUAUCGGUACGUCAG